CGCAAAGGCCUUUUCCCGGGUCGCCUAGGUGAACAGCGGGGUGUUUGUGUGCGUGAGGCGUGAAGACCAGUGUUUGUCGUUGGUUGCCUUAGCAAUCGGAAUGGGACGGCAAGCCGGGAGAAUCAGAAUAGCGAAACCGUUGGUCGCUUGGUUUAGCAGAGCCUUGAAUUCAUCGGCCUCGAACCGCCCACCCAUUGGAUGAAGGCCCCGCCUUUCAAGCAACAGUCCUUGCCCCCCCCAGAGCCCGCCCACUUGGCCACGUCUAAGCCCGUCCUUUAAUAUAUUACCUCAGCGCCGCCCCUGCCCCUCUUGAGCCUCACCUCGUUGCCUGUUUUGAUUGCGAAGCUCGCGGUGGCGAUGCCAGUGAAGGAGGCGGUGGCAAGGCCAAGCCUUUAGCCACACCUUUCCGUCUAGUUUGCCCCAGCUCAGUUGUGAGGUCACAAGGAGGUUUGUCACUUUAAGAUACUGGCUGUUGAGAUUCCCAGAACCACGUGGUCUGUCUUCCUGUCUUUGGUCAGAGGGACGAUGGCUGCUUCCCUGCUGCUUGUGCUCCUGUUGGCUUGGACGACAGGCGCUAUACUUCGCUUUGCCUCCUAUUAUGGUGAUCACAUGGUACUGCAGAAGAAACCGAGUCAGGCAGUCAUAUGGGGCUAUGCAGAUCCUGGCACCACCGUAAUGUUGAUUGUUUCCCAGGGUCACAAUCUUAUGGAAAAAAUGGCAGAGACUGAAGGGAGCAAUGGGAUCUGGAAAGUAAUCCUGAAACCUAUGGCCCCUGGUGGCCCUUUCACUAUAAUGAUACGGCAAUACGACAAGGAAGAGGUAGCAAAUGCGACACUGAAGGAUGUCUACUUUGGGGAUGUCUGGUUUUGCAGUGGACAAAGUAACAUGGAAAUGACAGUUUCACAGGUGUUCAAUGCCAGUAAUGAGCUUGCAGAGGCCUCCCAUUAUCCACUUGUGCGUGUGUUUGGAGCUGCUCUCGUCCAAUCUGAAGUGGAACUGCAGGACCUUGCCAGCAUCAUCUUGCCAUGGUCUAUUCCGACAGCCAAAAACCUUGGUCAUGGAGACUUCAGUUACUUCUCUGCUGUGUGCUGGCUCUUUGGGCGGUAUUUGUUUGAGAAGCUCAAGUAUCCCAUAGGACUGAUAGAUUCCUCUUGGGGAGGAACACCAGUUGAGGCCUGGUCUUCCAAGAAGGCACUGCAGGAGUGUGGGAUCUCAGGAUAUGCUGAAAAAGCUACUUCCUCGUAUCUUGAUGCUGGCCCCAAAGAGUUAUCGGUGCUCUGGAAUGCAAUGGUUCACCCUUUUCUCAACAUGACCCUCUACGGUGUUAUUUGGUAUCAAGGUGAAUCAAACACCCUCUUGAACACCGAUUUGUACAACUGCACAUUCCCAACACUCAUUGAAGACUGGCGGAAAGCCUUUCAUGAAGGGUCUAGUUGGCAAACUCAGCGGUAUUUUCCCUUUGGCUUUGUCCAGUUAUCUACAAAUCAUCUUGUGGAGGAGAAUGACCACUUUCCACGCAUCCGAUGGCAUCAAACAGCAGACUAUGGCUACGUCCCUAAUAAGAAAAUGCCCCAUACUUUCAUGGCUGUGGCUAUAGAUCUGGGUGAUGAAAGUUCUCCCUAUGGCAGCAUCCACCCCCGGGAUAAGCAGACUGUAGCCUAUAGACUGCUUCUUGGUGCCUUGGCAGUAGCUUAUGGUGAUAAAACCAUGGUCUUCCAAGGCCCAUACCCUGAGAAAGUACAGGUGGACAUAGCCCACGAGAGCCUUAAUGUCACAUUUGAAGAUCAUAUCCUGGUCCGCCACUCAGACAACAAGACAUUUGAGGUAUGCUGCUCUGAACAGGCACUGUGCAAAUGGAGUGCAGUAUCCAUUACAUCCUCCUCUUCCCGCUCAGUGAUUCUGCACAACACAAAGUGCCCAAAUAACAUGAUUGGCCUGCGCUAUGCAUGGACUGAGUCGCCUUGCGACUACAAACUCUGUCCCAUUUACAAUGUACAAGGAUUGCCUGCCCCUCCAUUCAUUACAUUUUCCCACAGUAAUCCUGGUUGGACUGUGUCGUAAGUGGGGUAACAGCAGGAAGAUGAAUGGACAGACAGAGACUGUAAUACGAAGUUCAGAAAAAUUACAGCAGCACUUUAUUUUGCUUAAUGUAGUAAAUUUCUCCGGCUCAUUGCAGAGGGAAAAAAACCCUUAGAAUUGGGGGUUGUGGUUGCUUGCUCAUCAGAAAGUUACAUAGAAGUUGCUACCAGGAAACAUUUCUUGCACUUAGCACCUGCACGAACCUUCACAACAAUAGAAACUUUUUGUAGGAGCUGCACUGGAAUUCAGGCAAGACGCAUACCAGACUAUUCCCAUCUACCUACACAGACUAGGUAAAAUGGAAGUGGACUGCCUUCAAGGCGAUCCAGACUUAUGGCUACCCUAUGAAUAGGGUUUUCAUGGUAAGCGGUAUUCAGAGGGAGUUUACCAUUGCCUUCCUCUGAGGCUGAGAGGCAGUGACUGGCCCAAGGUCACCCAGUGAGCUUCGUGGCUGCGUGGGGAUUCGAACCCUGGUCAUAGUCCAACUCUGCAUAACAGUAUAGCUCUUAGUUACACUGUUGUCAGAUGUGAAAAAUACAGUGAGUGAGAUGGUUGGAUUUACUGAGUUUAGAGGUUUUAGUGAUAGCUCGUGCUUAAAAUCUGUAUUUCUUGGGUUGUAUCCAAUGCUUGUCCUACUCAGAGUAGACCCAUUGAAGUUAAUGGACAUGACUAACUUAGGUUUAUUCAUUUCAGUGGAUCUACUCUUAAGUUGGGUACUGCCCCUUAUUUAUGCCAUUUGACAUUGUACACCACUCUGCUACCUUAGGGUGAAAUGUGGGCUAUAAAUUUUAUUAAUAAAGUAAAUGUUUUCUCAGAAUUAAGUCCAACUGUGGUCAGUGGGACCAGCUCCCAUGUAAGUGUGCACAAGAUUGCAGCCUUAAUGUUGCUUGUUCAUUUCUUCUAACAGCUUAAUGGAAAAUUGUUUGAUGGCUUCAUCUUCUCAGGAUGCUGCAGUGGCCCUUCUCCACUGCCUGCUGUGAAGUUGCGGACAACUGCACGAUCAUAGUGAAAGAAGGCAAACCUUUUUGGGUAGCUGUUGAAAGGAGUAGAUCUAAUUUGAACAAGGGCUUUGGAUUAAAACGUGAAGUGCAGCGCGAUACAUUUGUAUGCUGCAUCUAGAACAGAGCCGAGGUGGCUCUUUGGGGGACUCUUGGGUUUCAUUUGUAGCUUUUGUUCCAGGAGGACUACAAUAAAUUAUACCCCCUAGAGUACUUCAUACUUCUAUCAUUGAAAAAGCAUUAACUGUGCAGAACGAUUCUGUUCCACUUGGGUUACAUUCUAGGUUAAAAAUCUAGUUUGUCACGGGGCUUCUGCUUCAAAAAGGGAGUAUUUCACUUUCUAGCUGUCGCCACCAAAGUCUCUGGCUACAGCUGAAAGCCAUGGAAGUUUUUCCAGUAGCAGAUCCCGAUUAACUUGACUCCACUAUUGAAGUGGAACUGAUUGUACGUCUGCUUUAGAGCAACAGCGAGCCAGCCUUUUGCGCUAAGAACUGCCAUUGUUCCCAUGGUGCUAACCAGAGCAGAAAAGAAGGAACAGCUUGCUUCUGUUGCUAAGUUCAUUAGAUUUGAGCAAAUGCACAGGAGGCCAGACCUGCCGAGUAAGGUGUUAUGGAAGAACAGAUGCACAGCUUAAGGAUAAUGUGCAAGCAAGUAUGCAUUGUUUUAUUUCCCUGCUGCUAUCUACUCUUGAGAUCAACGUUAGUCUUGUUUUUUGUUUUUUAAACUUGCUUCACUAAGCAGGCUUGCAUUAAAUGACUCGUUGACUGAGAGGUAGGAAGAUCAGAUCCUAGUUCUCAAUUUUUUUAAUGAAUCUUCAUGAUCUUCGAUGGUUCCAGAGUAAGCACUUGAAGAACUAGCUUCUAUCAUGGGCUUGUGUAAUAUUGUAGUGCAGAGCUGGAAAUGGUGCAGAAAAGGGCAACCAAAACGAUGCAGAGAUUGGAGCAACUCCCUUGUGAGGAAAUGUUAACAAUAUUUGGGGCUUUUCAGUUUAGAAAAAUGGUGGGUAAGGGAGGGAUGUGUAUGGAGAGAUGUUUUUCUCCAUUAUAUUAGAAGAACCCAUGACAUCUAAUGAAGCUGAAUAGUGAGAGAUACAGGGCAGAUGGAAGCAUUUCACACAGUGCAUAGUUACACUAUGGAAUUCACUUCCACAAGCUGUGGUAACAGCCAAGAAUUUAAACAGAUUUAAAAGUAGAUCAGAUAAAUUUAUGGAGGAUAAGGAUAUCGCAGUGGCCGGUAGGCAUAGUUUAUAUAGGAUCAGAGACAGCAUGCCUAUAAAUUACCAGAAACAACAGUAGAAGAAGGCUAUAGCCCUCAUGUCCUGCUUGUGGCCUUCUCAGAGGCAUCUGGUUGGUCACUGGGAAACAGGAUGUUGGACUAGAUAUACUUUUGGUCUGAUUUAGGAAGGCCCUUCUUACGGGGUGGGUGUUGGCAAGAUAGCAUUUCUUGGUCUCGUUUUAUUGUUUGUUUCUAAAAAUAUGUAUAUAUCAUCCUCAUUAAAUAUUUUGGAUGGAGGCAAGAGUGCCUACAACACAGGAUUAUUGUGAGUGUAAAAAUCUGAAGUUUAACAGCCAAGCUGAAGGUGGUAUAAAAAUGGUAGAGGGGACUGGGUGGAUAAAUAUACAUUUUUAAAAACAGAUCUUUGAAAUCAUUUUUGAAACUUGCAGCUGUAUUUAAUGUGCCUUAAAUUUUCUUGUGUAGCCAGUCAUUUUAAUGAUUGCCCUGCCCUGAUGCUUUAUGAGAGAGUGCUAUAUAAAUAAAUAACCUAGUUUAAAAUGAAAUCUAAAUUUCAUCACCAGCAGACAUAUGGGUAAAAAAAUACUUGCCUUUUGAGGCCAAGAAUUUAUAGAUAGAUAAUAUUUAGACUUUAAACCAAAGGGUAUGGACACUUAUUACUGAUUAGAACAGAUUCUAAAGCAACAAAUCUUGCACCCUAGAACUCUGCAUGGAAGUCGUGGAAGCAUGUGAUAGGUCACUGUAACAGGUAGGAUGCUGGCGUAUGGGUGCCUGGAGACUAUUUUGUGGCAUGGAGUCAAGUGCAUAACUUGAACUGUAGGUCUGGGCAAUUAAAAGUGGAUUAAAGUUGCCCUAGUACAACAAAUCCAUUUUUUGUGGUUUGAAGAGAGACAGAAAUGCUCAACAAAGACUGGACAUAGUCUAAAUUACCACCUAAGCUUUGUGCCAGCAAAUCAGGAUGAAUGCUGAAUAAACAGGAAGAGCCCUAGAUAGGCCUUUGGUCUGAUCCAGCAGAUCACCUACAUUCUCAUUUAUUUAUUUAUUAUUUAUUUAUUAAAUUUAUAUCCCACCUUUCCUCCCAGAAGGAUCCCAGGGCAGCAAACUAAAAACCCUUGUAAAACAUCUUAAAAACAGACUUUAAAAUAUAGUAAAACAUCUUUUUUAAAUAAAGCGUUAAAGACAUCUUAAAAAGCAGUUCCAACACAGACACUGGGAUAAGGUCUCUCUUUAAAAGGCUUGUUGAAAGAGGAAGGUCUUCAAGUAGGCACUGAAAAGAUAACACAGAUAGUGUCUGUCUAAUAUUUAAAGGGAGGGAACUCCAAAGAGUCAGUGCCACAACACCAAAGGUCCACUUCCUAUGCACAUUCAGAAGCACCUCCAAAAUGCACAUCUAUAAUAAACAGUUUUAGUGUUGUCAUUU